AUGCAUAGAACUUAUUCAUUGAGAUCUCAAAGAGCACCAACUGCUUCUCAAUUGCAAUCUCCACCCCCACCACCAUCAUCUACCAAAUCUAAAUUCUUUGGUAAAGGAUCAAUUACUCAUAGUUUCCGUAAACAAGCAGCUGGAGCAUUAGGUCCAGAAUUAGCCCGUAAAUUGGCUAUUUUAAUUAAGAUGGAAAAGAAUUUAAUGAGAUCAAUUGAAAUUACUGCUAGAGAACGUAAAGAUGUUGCUAAACAAUUAUCAAUUUGGGGUGAAUCAAAUGAUGAUGAUAUUAGUGAUAUUACUGAUAAAUUAGGAGUAUUAAUUUAUGAAAUUGGAGAAUUAGAAGAUCAAUUUAUUGAUAGAUAUGAUCAAUAUAGAAUCACUUUGAAAUCAAUUAGAGAUAUUGAAGGUAGUGUUCAACCUUCAAGAGAACGUAAACAAAAAAUUACUGAUCAAAUUGCUUAUUUAAAAUAUAAAGAUCCUCAAUCUCCAAAAAUUAAUGUUUUAGAACAAGAACUAGUUAGAGCUGAAGCUGAAUCAUUAGUUGCUGAAGCUCAAUUAUCUAAUAUUACUCGUGAGAAAUUAAAAACCGCAUUUAAUUAUCAAUUUGAUUCAAUUAGAGAACAUUCUGAAAAAAUUGCCCUUAUUGCUGGUUAUGGUAAAGCUUUAUUGGAAUUAUUAGAUGAAAGUCCUGUUACACCAGGUGAAACAAGACCUGCAUAUGAUGGAUAUGAAGCAUCUAAACAAAUUAUUAUUGAUGCUGAAAAUGCAUUAGCUUCUUGGACAUUUGAUUCUGCUGCUGUUAGACCAACCCUUUCUUUGGCUGCUGGUGAUGAAGAAGGUGAAGAAGUUUAUGAUGAUGAUGAAGCUUUAGCUAAUGAAGCAGAAAAUUUAAGAGUAACUGAAGAAGAAUGGAAUAAAGCUGAAGGUAAUCUUGCCACUGCGUAA